UAACAUGAAACCUGAAAUUUGAAAUUUGAAAUAAUUAUCAUCUGGUUUCUCUCGUCUCAUGGGUGCUGAUCUCUUCUUAUUUGCUUCGGUGGAAGCGACCUCAACGAGGUUGAGCCUCAAUUGGUUUCCAACGCUCUCUUUAACGCAUCACAUGUUCAAGUUUUCUCCAAAACCACUCUUAAUUAUUUCUUCUCCCAAAAGAAGAUUUCGUUAUCAAUCCAUUUCCUGCUCUGAUCACAAUUCUUCAUCGCCGGAUUUUUGUAUUGUUUCAACUUCUGAGUGUUCAGACGGUAGCGUUUUGUUUCGGUUUGGAGAUAGAAGAAAUGUGCAAGUAGAAAAACCGCCAGCGUACAAAGAGGAUGAAGCAAAAGUAUCAGGUAAAGUAGAGAAUCUGGAAGAGGAAGGUCGUAAUGGUGAUAUUUUAAGUAAAAAAGUCGUCCAUCGUGUUAAGAGACGAGUGGAAACACGUGAUCAAGUCACUCGCAAUGAAAGUGAAAACGAUAUUUCUGAUUAUGUUGAUGCAUAUUCUGACCAAGAUUGUAGUAGGAAUGCUAAUGGUGAAAUUUCAAGUCCAGUUACCAUGACUGGGGAUGAUUCUGAAUAUAGUGUAAAAGUAGAAAAUAGCAGAGCAUUUGAAGGCAAUUCUGAAAGAAAUGAUAAUGACCAAGUUAGGACAGUUGUUGAAGCCAAACUGGGGGUAGAAAAUGUUUGUAAUUCUUUGGAAGUUUUGUAUGAUAGAGUCUCUGGUGAAAUAGCAACUCCAAUUUUUCCUUCUGGGUCUGAAUUAGAAAACAGAUCAUCUAAUAGUCAUGCAUCUCGUAGCAUUAAGGAAGAAAGUGAGAGCCAGAGCCAGAGUGUAGUUGUGCAAGCUUCUACCGCUGUGAAUAGAGAUAAUGUGGAUACAGUGACUAACUAUGUCUCUGUUGUAGAUGAUACUGAGGUUCAUGUGAUUGAAGGAAUGCCUAAGUCCAUUCCUUCGGAAGCAGAUGCAAUUCCUGAUGAUGAUAGCACAGUGAAAGAGUCUGCUGACACUCUUGGAAAUGUGAUCUCAAAAAUGGUAGAAGAAAUAACCGAUGGUGACCACCCAAGUGUUAAUACUACAAUGUUGUCAAUUUCUGAUGCUGUGGUACUCCAAUCAGUUGAACAUACUUUGAAGAGGAAGGAAAUGCCAACAGAAGAACUUUAUUUAUCAUCUGGUGCUGCUUUAUUGCAACGUCCUGCUAAGGCAUUGACAGGUGGGCAUGAUGCCUAUUUUGUUGCUUGCCAGAACUGGCUAGGCAUUGCUGAUGGAGUUGGCCAGUGGUCAUUAGAAGGAAUCAAGGCUGGGUUGUAUGCUCAAGAGUUCAUGGAAAACUGUGAAAAGAUUGUAUCAGAAAGCCAAAACACUUCAAUGACUGAUCCAGUUAAAGUUCUUACCAGAAGUGCUGCAGAAACACAAUCUCCUGGAUCUACUACAGUUUUGGUUGCUUAUUUUGACGGUCAGACUUUCCAUGCGGCUAAUAUUGGAGACUCAGGAUUUGUGAUCAUAAGACAUGGUACUGUCUUUAAGAGGUCUUCUCCAAUGGUUCAUGAGUUCAACUUUCCGUUGCAGAUUGAGCGAGGCGAUGAUCCCUCAAAACUUGCUGAGGUGCACAAAAUUGAUUUGAUUGAGGGUGAUGUAAUCGUGACUGGUACAGAUGGGCUAUUUGACAAUCUAUUUGAGCAAGAAAUAGCACUUAUUGCUACCAGGUCUCUGCAAGAUGGUUUUAAAGCUCAGGAAAUAGCAGAAUCCUUGGCCAUGAGAGCUCAAGAAGUUGGUAAGUCUGAAUCUGCAAGGAGUCCAUUUGCUAAUGCAGCUCAAGCAGCUGGAUAUAUUGGAUACAACGGUGGCAAGCUUGAUGAUGUGAGCAUUAUCGUAUCAUUGGUGGAAAAGAGGUCUACUUCUCACUAGCCGCACGAUUUUAUCUUUCAAACUGUGAAUGCAGAUAGUGAUGCUUGUUUUCUGGUGACUUGGAAGGGAAAUGCUUGUUGUUGCAACUAAUGGGAAAUUUGGAUUUCGGAUGUGUUUAAUUAAUUGGGAAUUAAUCGUUAUAUAAAAUCAUAUAUCAGCUCUUUGUAUAAGAGCUGUGUCUUUAUAUCUA